GUCUCUGUUCGAGAGGAGUGAGUAAUCAUCCAAAAAUCGAUCUGAAGCGAGCAGUGGUCUGUGAAUUCGAGCUGUGAGAGUGCUGAGACUGUUUGGUUGAUAUCUCGAGUUUUACCAAUCCAAUUAAGGCGUGUGAGAUACCAAACGAAAGCUCUCAAGACGAGGAAUCCGUGAAGGUCUGGUUUGAAUCAAUCGGAGUAGAGCAAGGCUUCCAAAUCGUCCGAGCAAAACACAACCUCGCAGAAACGGAUUUACUCUUCUAAAGAAUCGAGUUAGCCGGAAAACACCCGUUCUAGGGGCUGUUUUCGUAUCAACGAUUAGGGGUUGAAAUAGCAACUUGAGGAAGCUGUUUAACACCCAUUUUCAAGCAAGGAACCAGUUCUCAAUCUUCCUUGGCCGAGGCUUUGGUCAUUGGAUCGAGAAGGAAGGUUUUAAAGCUCAUUUGAGGUUGAGGCUAGAGCUUGCUUCCUGUGCUCGUUGCUCGAGAGAUCAUAUAGGAGGGAAGACUUGAAAUGGACCGUGGUGGCAGGAUUACUAGGAGAAACCCAACGGGCCGUGUACCAGUGGAGACUGGACAGGGCAGUCGAAGGACCUCUAGGGCAUCUAGAGGAGCUGGCCGUGGAGGCCGAUCACAGACCGUGAGUGACGGUCAUGUCGACACAGAAAGUGAAACCUACUGGUCCUAUGAGGACUCGACUUACCAACCGGAAACCGAGCCGGUUGAGACCCCUUACGAAGGGGAUGACGAUGAUGUGAGUGAUGAAGAAGGGGAGAAUGACUCCCUAGCAAGAAUUGAGGCGCUACUCCAACAAUAUCAGCGGGAGCGCGAGGAAAGGAGGGAACGCCGAAGGCGCCGAGGAGGGCGAACUUCGGGUGGGGCUUCAAGAGGAAGAAGCCAUGGAGACUCUAGGGCCCACAUUGAACCACAUGGGGGCCGGGGUGAUGGAGGUCCGAUCAUAAGGAUCUCCAAAUACCUCAAAGAGGCACGAGACUUGGGGUGCAAACCCUUCAACGGAGCGGGUGACAUCUCGGUUGCCGCUGAAUGGAUCAAGAGGUUGAACGAAGCAGCCCUUGAUAUGCAACUCACCCCCGAAUUUAAACUAAGGGUGGCGGUGAGGUUGCUUGAAGGGAUGGCAUCCACAUGGUGGGACGGAGCCAAGGGAAAGUAUGGCAAUACCGUGACUUGGGAGGAGUUCCGACAGGAGUUCUUUGCCCAAUACUAUUCUGAUUUUGAGGUGAACAAUAAGAGGAGAGAGUAUACCCUCCUGACCCAAGGUGGCACGAUGACGGUGAGGCAACUUGAACACAAAUUCAGGGAACUCGCGGAAUUCAUACCGGAGUACAUAUGUGAUGAGAACCGGAUGGUGAAUCACUUCUGGGAUGCCUUGGACCUUGACAUACGCGAGAGGGCAACACAAUUGCCUAAUAUGACGUUUAGUCAAGUGGUUGAACAAGGCCUGAAGGGAGAGAAGGAGUGGGAGGAAAGAAAACGAAGGAACGCCGAGGAGGCGAAGAAGAGGAAGUGGGAGUCACGGCUCCCAAGGUUCCAACAAAAAGGGGAACCAUGGAGGGGGAUCUUUCCGUGCACCUCCGCCACCAUCUAGGGGGAACCAGGGCUCGAGCAGGCAUGACUCGGGGUCACAAGCCUCGGGGACGCCUCGUUGCUUGAAUUGCAAGAAGAGUCACCUCGGAAAAUGCCGUGAACCUCCUAGAUGCUUCCAAUGCGGGAAUACCGGGCAUUUGAAGGCGCAUUGCCCACAAUUGGGCGGGGCAAGGUCAUCGGGACCAAGUAGCGGGGCCACGGGGACGAGAAACCAAGCCCGGGGUUCCCAAUCAACUAGGGGGCAUGGAGGAGCAAGCGCGAGCAACGCGCCAUCGGUGAAUCAAGAAAGGACUCAAGCUAGAGUCUAUGCGAUGAUGGAGGCGGAUGCCCGGGCUAACCCAGAUUCGGUUGCAGGUUGAGGCUAGAGCUUGCUUCCUGUGCUCGUUGCUCGAGAGAUCAUAUAGGAGGGAAGACUUGGUUCGUGCUUCCUCCAUUCUGUUUUUAAACAUUAAUAAACAUGCUCAUGGAUAUUUUACUGUAGAGCCUGCGUGCUCAUGAAUAGCCUUGUGUGGCCCUUUCGUUUUAAACAAUGUUUUCCGCUGCGUUACGAAUUACUUAUUAUGUUUGUUUAUGGAUGUGUAUGUGUGAAUGAUAUUCAAGACGCCUUGUAUAUUAUGAAUGUGUUGGACUGCGGUUGACUAUUCAUAUUGUACGGCGGGUUGUUGACGUGUCCGGAUAGGUCCGGGGCGUGACAAUGCAGGGACCGUCUGCUCCUUCAUUGGAACCAGGAGUAUGGACGGUUGAUAUUUGCAGCAACUCCUGGCGAGCAUCGUUUUCAUGGUGAUCUAGUGGAGGUUCGACCCGUAGCUCCGCAGUCACCCCGGCGGACACUUCUACUCCGGCGUGGCGAACCAGCCCGGCGAGCUCCGGUUUCUUUGGUGUCCCCUCUGCGUUCCGACAUCGGUAUCCGUGUUAAUUAAUACUCCGCUGUUCUUCCUUCCUUCUGGCGACUAGAGGUGGUAACUAUGACUUUUCUGUUAUUUUCUUUCUUCUUGCUCGCCAUGGAUACGUUGGUCAUUGCAAAGGAGAUAUAUAAAUAUGUAGUACGUAGUAUAAUAUUGAGUGAAAUAUUAUGGGCUAACACUUAAAUAUGGUGGGAUGGGUUUUGGCAUCAUUCAAUUAAUUUGGACAUACCCAUAUGCCGUGGUAGUUGCUAGGUUGAUGGUAUGUGAAUAAUUCGCAUGCCAUGUUCAUUGUAUGCUAUGUAUUAUUGAGUACGAAGUAUAUUAGUGCUAUUAAGGUACUGUCUCUACAUUAUUGCUAUCUCUUCAUUUAGAUUUUAGCUCUUUUUAUUUAUCUUUUUCUGUACUGUUAUUUUGGGUCAGGUCUAGCCCCCCCAAAAUAUUUGUUUUCUUUCUUCUGAGGUUUUUUCUGGUUGUUGUUUCUUUCUUUGUAUUUUUCAGGGGUAUGCCCCUGAAGGGAGGUUUUGGUCUAGUCCCCCUCCCUUUUUGUUCCUCUUUGAAUAUUAAUAAAACACCGGCAAAUGUUCCCCGGCAUUUGCCCCACUGAUUUUGGUGGUUUGCCUUCCGGGUUAAAAAAAAAAA